AUGUCUUUCUACUGGAGACUUUUCGACCACGACCCGACUGUGGCCAAGGUGAUGUCCGACUUCAAAACUUUUGCGACGUGGCCUCUGCGCAACAGUAUCCCCACACCCAAGGACUUUGCCAUGGCAGGACUCGCCUACGAUCCGGAGAAGCGGAUUAUCAGCUGCUCGAUGUGCCAGCAAAAGACUCAACUCUCUACUAUCGUGGCCUCGGACGAAACACUUCCCCAAGGACUGCACGAAUCCAACUGUGACGCACCGCUAAGCACGCUGAGUCCAGACAUCUCGGCGGUGGUGACCGAAAGAGCGCUUGCCUUUAGGCCCGAGUUUCAGACUUACACUGCGAGGUUCGCGUCCUUCGACGCUCGGCCGAAAGAAGAAGACGUCUUUGACGUGGAUUACAUGGCAUCUGCGGGAUUUUAUUACCUGACCGAUCGGACCGUGGAAUGCUUUUGUUGCGGACUUCGGUUGCUUUCGUGGGAAGCCGACUACGACGACCCAGUCGAGGAACACGCCAAGUACAACCCUCGCUGCCCCUAUCUUCGAUUGUGCGCGAGUGUAACCUACAUCAAGGAGGUGUCCGACGUGUAUAGAAAUAGCGAUUUAUUUUGGUUGCUAGAAUAUACCAAGGACAUUGAGUUUGUCGCAAACAAAUACAGCCUAGACUUUAUAACAGCAUUGGCUACUUCCAAGUUUGAUCUUUCCUGUCCGAACAAGCUAAAGUCCUUUCUCGAAAACAGCGAUUCUUUUUCGGCGCUGAGCGCAGGACGUCCGUAUCCCACGCGCAUCGACAAGACGAGCAUCUCCAUGAAGCGGUCCGAUCCGUCCACGACGAUUUGCGUCGUCUGCAUGAACUGUCCGGUGUGUAUAGUUACUUUGCCAUGUGCCCACGCCGCCUUAUGUUUAAAUUGUCUAUUUCCAAUGAUUUACAAUUCGAGAGAGCAAUUUGUCUGUUGCCUUUGUAAAUCUACAGUGAGUGGAAUGUAUCGAAUUCAUUAA